GCCAAUGCGACUGCAACGUAUAAAUUCAAUUCACGCGCAUCAAAGCUGCUAAUCUCAAUUUGCGUAGCGCGGCAAACGCAUUGUCUCAAGACAACAACAAAAUACAACGAAUAAAAGAAACACAUACAUACAUAAUGCAGUUUCUGCUUAUUCUCUUCGCCUGUAUUGCCACAUGUCGGGCCGACUUAUUGGCCUUGUCUCCCGAUGAUUUCCAGCAAGCGGGCGACAUUAAAAUCGCAACCAUUGUACACAACACCCCUUCCGCCGUCUCCCACACCACAUUCACACGCGUGCAUAAUCCGCACGGCAGCGGCAGCCAACUCGGCCAGACCACGCAGCCGCAACUCGCCAGCACGGCAGCCACACAAACGGCGGUGCAUCAGCCGAAGCCGUCCGUUGUCGUCCAACCCGUCUACACGACGCAACAAUUGAGUGUCUACCCAACAACCGUUAUAAAGCAUGACUUGCCAAAAGCUCAGUUGGUGGAAAAUAUUGCAUCUCCAGCUGCAGCUGUCGCUGGUGGUACGCCCGUCGUCAACUCAUUGACACAUACGCCGGCACAUUUGGCAUACUCGGCACGGCCCAUUGUAUAUCAGAUGCUUCCGGAAAUAAAACCGGUGAGAGCAAUUAGUUUCGAAGAAUCGGUACCUAGUCCAAGGAAUAAGCAUUACUACCGCACUCAGUAGAAUUGAGAACAGAACUGAAAUGUUGCCAUAAAUAAAAUAAAAUAUAGAAAUAGAAAAAGAAAAAGAUUUUCGUAGUCACUUAUGCAUGCUAUUUAUACUAGAGCUCUUGGUGUUCGACUAAUCGACUAACCGAAUUAACCGAAUAGGGCAUUAUUCGAAUAAUAAUAUUCGGUUUGCACUAU